AUAUUGGCAACUCGGUGCAGGACGCGUUUGUCAUCGCCGUCGAGGAGCACGCGAGGGAGCGUCUACAGCGAUUGGCGGCCCUGAAUCGCGUAACGCCCGUGGAUAUAACACAGCUGUCGAAAAAGUUACUAUCUACGCAUAACGAUGAUGUCAUCUUUCAUCAGUCCAACGAUGGCGUAGGCCACACAUACAACACAACAGCAACUGCAACAGCAACAACAACAACAGCAAUAAGUGCAGCCAGCAGCAGCAACAACCAGCAACAGUUGCUGAGUGGCGCCGCUAUCUUUGAGCUGCAACAACAACAGCAGCAACAGUUGCAACUACAACAGCAACACAGUCCCACAAGUAGCAUAUCAAAAGGAAGAACUGAACUUUUACUGGGCGAUCAAUCGCUGCGUCACGAAUCGAGGCCACGCCGUCGCUCUGGCUCAAGUAUUGUGGUCAUUGAUGGUGAUGAUUUGAAGCCAUGUCUGCCGGAUGAUUACAUCAGCGGUCAACAUCAUUUACAUCAUCAGCAGCAACAGUCGCAGCAGCAGCAGCAACAACGAGCACAGCAGCAAUCACAGCAUUAUCGCACGCAUUCAAGUGAUAUUAGGGAGAUUGAUCAGGAAAUGCUGACGAUGCUGUCGGUGAAUCAAGAUAACGGUCCACAUCGUGAGAUGGCCGUCGACUGUCCAGAUACGUUUAUAGCACGCAAUAAGACGCCACCCAGAUAUCCGCCACCCCGUCCACCACAGAAACACAAUACCAAGCACACCAGCUUUGCCACCACCAACAACACCAACACCACCACCAACUACAACACCACCACCAACAACACCAUCACCACCACUAAAACUAACAAUGAUCAUGCUAACAAAUUGUUAAUUGUUGCAUAUCAUUCUUCACAUCAACAUGAACAACAACAACAACAACAACACUCAUCAAAAACAACAACAACAACCACCACUACAACAACAACAACAACAACAACAAAUGCACUCGAUGUGGCCACACAAAAUUUGUACAAUCAAAAACAACAAUUCAAAUUGGAACAAAUUGAAAACUAUGAAAAUCAACUGGAAACGGAACAACAACAACAACCGCAACAACAGCAACAGCAAUCACUGUCAGCAACAGGAGCACAAACAGCGCAACAACAAAUGCCAAGCAACAAAUUGCAAGUGACAACAUAUGGCAAUGGCAACAGCAACAAUAGCAACAGCAACAGCAAUGGCAAUGGCAACGGCAGCAACAACAAUCACAGCAGCAAUCACGAUGAGUUGCUGUGCGUUGUCGAUGGCAUUUAUCGCAAGGGCAGCAGUUCACCAACAUCGAGUGGUUUCGAUGAUGCGUUGAGCAAACAGCAGCUGGAAUCAUUUGAAACAAUUGCCUAUCGUCACUUGCAGCAGCAGCAGCAGCAAUCCACUAGCAACAGCAACAGCAGCAGCAACAAUAACAACAACAACAACAGCAGCAGCACAGCUGCAACACGCAGCAGCAACAACAACAGCAACAGCAAUUCAUUGAACAGCACUCGCAGCAGCAGCAGCAACAGCUCCAUGCACACCAGCAGCAACAACAACAGCAGCAGCAACAUACCGAGUGCAUCAUCAACCACAAGCAGCAGCAACUCAACGGUGCCCGAUGAUUUAAGUCUGGCGCCACCUGGCUAUGAGCCCAGCAGCAAUCAGCAGCUGUUGCUAUUGAAUACGACAGCAGCAGCACAACAAUUGCUGCUGUUGGUCAAGCAUCGCGAGUUGCCAGUCGAUGUUCCCGAUAGUUUCAUUGAGAUGGUCAAGACGCCCCCUCGUUAUCCACCCCCCGCACAUUUAUCGUCGCGCGCCUCUCUUCUCUCCAAUGCCAGCUCAUCGACGGCCCACACGACGCUCUCCUCGCUGGCCCUAUCAACGCAUUCGGCUGCUGCAACAGCUGCUAGUGUUGCAAGUGUUGCUGCAACGGCAACUGCAACUGGAGCUGCAACUGUUGGUGCUGCGAGUGGCGAUGGCAAACGCAUUGCCGACGAGCUUAAUGGCAACUCAAAGCCCGUGCCGCCACCUCGUGAUCAUCUGCGUAUUGAAAAAGAUGGACGUCUCAUUAAUUGCGCCCCCGCUCCUCAAUUGCCCGAUCGUCGUGUUCCUGGCAAUGGACAACAACAACAACAACACCAGCAGCAGCAGCAACAACAACAUCAACAGAUUGCGCAAAUUGUUGAACCCACAUUGGAGCAACUGGACAGCAUUAAGAAAUAUCAGGAGCAACUGAAACGUCGACGGGAGGAGGAGGAGCGCAUCGCCCAACAGAAUGAGUUUCUACGCAACAGUUUGCGUGGCUCUCGCAAGCUUAAGGCGUUGCAGGAUACGGCCACCGCCACGCCCACCGCUGGCAAGGCGUUGGCCCAGCAACAACAACAAACGUCAGCGACAGCAGCAACAAUUGCUGGUGUUGAGAACGAGGCAUAUCUGCCCGAUGAGGAACUAACGCAAACGGAGCACAUCGAUGGCUAUGGCGAGUUGAUAGCGGCACUCACCCGUCUCCAAGGACAGCUGUCCAAGAGCGGACUGAGCACGCUGGCGGGUCGCGUGUCGGCGGCGCAUAGCGUCCUGGCGAGCGCCAGUGUGGCACAUGUGCUUGCCGCCCGGACAGCGGUGUUGCAACGUCGACGUCCACGCAUCUCGGCGCCGUUGCAUGUGUGUGCGUUGGGUUUGCAGAAGGAGAUAGUCGAACUGUUGACGCAAUCGAAUACAGCAGCUGCCAUUGAGUUGGGCAACCUGUUGACCAGCCAUGAGAUGGAAGGUCUAUUGCUUGCCCACGAUCGCAUUGCCAGUCACACGGAUGCCACACCAUCGCCAACAACAACAGUCGGAGGAAUGAUAGAACCACUUAGUGGACACAGCAGUCCCGUUGCGCUGACAAAGACAUUAGCGAACAGCAGAAGCAUGGCGGUGCUGCCACCAGUUGUGCCACCAACAGUCACCAGUCACAGCACAUCGGUGGCACAGCGUGGUGCAAUGCCACUGCCUGUGGCGGCGGUGGCGAUGGCGGUGCGUGGUGAAUCUCCGCCCGGCAUGAGCGGUUGCUUUGGCACACUGAAUGAUCAAAAUGAUAACAUACGCAUCAUACAGAUUGAGAAGUCAACGGAGCCCUUGGGCGCCACCGUUCGCAACGAGGGUGAGGCGGUGGUCAUUGGACGCAUUGUCCGUGGUGGAGCUGCCGAAAAGUCGGGACUAUUGCAUGAGGGCGAUGAGAUACUGGAGGUGAAUGGCCAAGAGUUGAGGGGCAAGACGGUCAAUGAGGUAUGCGCUCUGUUGGGCGCCAUGCAGGGAACUCUCACAUUUCUAAUUGUGCCAGCUGGUAGUCCACCACCUGGUGGUGGCAUUGCACUUGGCAUGGGCAUGGGCAUGGGCAUGGGCAUCAACAGUGCCGGCAAUUUGGGUAUGCAUCAUCCUAUGGCCGGCGGUGGAGGCGUCGGUGUCGGCGUGGGCGGUGGUGUGGGCAUGGCACAUCGGGAUACGGCUGUGUUGCAUGUGCGUGCACAUUUCGAUUAUGAUCCAGAGGAUGAUCUGUAUAUACCGUGUCGCGAGUUGGGCAUCAGCUUCCAAAAGGGCGAUGUCUUGCAUGUGAUCUCGCGCGAGGAUCCCAACUGGUGGCAGGCGUAUCGCGAGGGCGAAGAGGAUCAAACGCUGGCCGGCCUCAUACCUAGUCAGUCGUUUCAGCAUCAGCGUGAGACCAUGAAGCUGGCCAUUGCCGAGGAGGCGGGUCUGGCACGCUCCCGUGGCAAGGAGGGUAAUGCCAGCAAGGGGGCAACUCUGCUCUGUGCCCGCAAGGGUCGCAAAAAGAAGAAGAAGGCCAGCUCCGAGGCGGGUUAUCCAUUGUAUGCCACAACGGCACCGGAUGAAACAGAUCCCGAGGAGAUACUCACCUAUGAGGAGGUGGCGCUCUACUAUCCACGUGCCACACACAAACGUCCCAUCGUCCUCAUCGGCCCGCCCAACAUUGGACGCCACGAGUUGCGUCAGCGCCUGAUGGCCGACUCCGAACGCUUCUCCGCGGCGGUGCCACACACAUCACGUGCCCGGCGAGAGGGUGAAGUGCCCGGCGUGGAUUAUCACUUCAUCACGCGGCAGGCUUUUGAGGCGGACAUUCUGGCGCGUCGCUUUGUCGAGCACGGCGAAUAUGAGAAAGCCUACUACGGCACAUCACUGGAGGCCAUACGCACAGUCGUUGCCAGCGGCAAGAUUUGUGUCUUGAAUCUGCAUCCGCAAAGUUUGAAGCUGUUGCGCGCCUCCGACCUCAAGCCGUAUGUGGUGCUGGUGGCGCCGCCGAGUCUCGAUAAGCUGCGGCAGAAAAAGCUGCGCAAUGGCGAGCCCUUUAAGGAGGAGGAGCUGAAGGACAUCAUUGCCACCGCCCGGGACAUGGAGGCGCGUUGGGGUCAUCUGUUCGACAUGAUCAUCAUCAACAACGACACGGAGCGGGCUUAUCAUCAGUUGCUCGCUGAGAUCAAUUCGCUGGAACGUGAACCGCAAUGGGUGCCCGCUCAGUGGGUGCACAACAAUCGCGACGAGUCAUAAUGGGGAUCACAGUACAGGUCACACCAUGUCAACACCAACACCACCACCACCACACCAACAACUACAACCACAACAACUCCUUUACCCGAAAAUGUCCAAAAUGCAGCCAUCCAUUGUAAAUACGACGUGUCCACGACUCAGCCAUGAUGUGGAAUUUGAAGCCGGAACCAAAACCGGAACCGGAACUGGAACCGGAACUGGAGCUGGAAAUCCUUUAUAGCUAUGUGUAUAAUUGAGCAUGCAAACUAACGGCAUAUGUACUCGGACUUUUAGCCUAAUCACUUAUUUACUCACUUUACUUACUUAAUUAUGUAUGUGUACUUAAUCCCGCCCUCUCCCUUCAUCCCUCUCUCCCUAUAAGCCAUGUACUCGUAUUAUUUAUGUAUGUUUUUGUAUAUUUCUUUGUUGCAAAUGCAUUUGAAACCUGAACAAACAUUUGCUAAUACCUUUAAUAUUAUUCUUAUUAUUAUUAUUAUUUUUUUUUUUUAACUAUGUUCACAAAAACUGUUAUUGAAUUUUAAAACCGAAAUGCUUUUUUUGUAAUUAAUUUAAUUUUAUUGAUACUAUGUUAGGCACUUCCUUAAUUUCAAAAUACGAAUUGAAAUUGUAAAAAGAAAAAGAAAACAAAGCGGAAACACGAAAAAAACAUUAAAUCCGAAAUCGAUAUUGUACUUGUAAACGUAAACGAAAUCGAGAUCGAAAAUUCAACUGCAACUCGCAAACAAAAUGUUAACAUAACAAAAAGAAAAACAAUCCAUUAGAAGAAAGUGAGAGAAAAUGAACGUUGGUAAGUCCAGAAACAACGUAUGUGUGUGUGAGAUAGAGAGAGAGAGAGAUAGGGAGGGACAGAACGGAAGAAGAGAAUGGAAAUGGGGCGGUCGCAAGCGAAUGUUGCAAUUACGUAAUCUAUUUACUUUAUAUAAAUAUAUACAUAAACUAUACAUCUAAAUAAAUAUACACAUAAAUUAUAUGCAGUAAUAAAAUUAAUUUUUAACAACAACAACAACAAGCGAAAAUGCAAAAGUUGCAGAAGAAGACAAAUAUUAUAAACAAAAUGAAGGGAUAACAACAAAAUCAGUACGUCAUUGCCAAAUAAAACAAAGAAGUAAGAAACACGAGUGUAAAAUGAAAGCAAACACACGCCCAAAACAAAGCAGAUUAAUUUAACAAAUAUACAAAUAACAAAACAAAAUAAAAACAAACAAAUUAAUAACAUUAACAAAUUCCGACAGCAAACAAAAGAAAUAGCAUGAUAUAAAAAAAAAGAAGGUAGCCAAGUUAAUAAGCUCUGUAAAAAAAAACAGAAAAAAAUAUAAUAAUAAUAAUGAUAAACAAUGAAAGAAUCUAGGCGUUAGUUUAAGAACACGAAAAAAAAAAAAGAAACAAAACUAAUUCCAAAAAUAAAUGUUGUUGUAAUUAAUUAUUUAAAAUGCGAUUAGUGAAUGGAAAAACAAAACAAAAACAAAACUCGUGCAGAUUCACUAAAAUUCUAAAACGAAAUAGUUGCAAAUUUUAGGCAUGAAUAUUGAGUAUAUAUAUGUAUAUAUUUACAUAAACAUACUUAUAUAUCUAUAUCUAUAUAUAUAAAUAUAUAUACAUAUUAUAUAUACAAAGAAAUUUGUUGGGAAUGCAACAAUUUUAUUAAGUGAGUGCUACAAAACGGCGUCAAGUAAUUUAGCAAACUAUGUUACACAAUGUUGAACACUUGAAAGAUUCUAAAACAA